UGCUUCAAGUUUCAAUAUUGACGUACUCUAUUCUCCAUACGCAAUAAUGGUGUUAACUGGGUAUUAAUUAGUCAAAAUAAAAAUUUGUGUUUAGCAGUUAAUUCUUAAUAAAAUGAAAUUUCAGAACCGAAAGAAAACCAUCGAAAAAUUAUGAAUUCGGCUGAAUUUCGCUCGCUAUUCUUGAUAGUCAUAAACUGUGUGCAGAUCAUUAUUUCAUCGAAUGACAUUUUUCAAUGCCCAACAUGUGGUUUAAUUUGUGAUGACAAUAUAGAAAAUACUUUGAGCCACUUCAAUAUUGUUCACACAUGCCAAGGGACAAUGGGGGAAGUAGGCCCGGUUGGCCUGAAAGGCGAGCAGGGUAACCCAGGACCACGUGGUGUAUCAUGCGAUUGUGAUGAUUUCAAUGAGUUACAAUCUCAGCUUGAACAUUUGCAUGAAGACCUAUUGGAAUACAAAAAAUAUUCUAAAACGGAGUUCUUCGAAUGGAAAGAGGCUCAAAACGGACUUUGGUAUCGAUUAUCGCAGGACCAGCUCCCCUUCGAGAGAGCAAGAUCAACAUGUCUAGCGGAAAACGCAAGACUGGCAUCAACGGGGAUUCGAAAUCACACUAUUAGAAAGGAGAUUCUUGUAGGAAUACCCCCACUUGCCUUAUAUGUGGGUUUUGAUGACAUCAAAGAAGAGGGGGAAUGGGUUUGGUCAGAUGGAGUGCAUGAAGCCAAAAGACGAAAAGAUACCUUGUGGCGUUACAAUGAACCUAACAAUAUAGGAGGAAAUGAGGAUUGUGCACAGAUGUAUAUUGUUCGACAGUCUACCGGAGAUGUCGUAUUGAACGACGUACCGUGUUGGGUUCCAACUCGCUAUGUUUGUGAAUAUGAGCCGUAGCCGAUUUUUGGUAAAAUGAGAUAAGACUCCGUUUUUCAGGAAAUUACUCCUUUAUGGCAUAAAAAUUGUUCAAUUUACAAUCGACAUAUUCAUUGAUUGGAAAUAAACAUAGAAUAUUUCUUUUAGAGAACUUUUCAACUAGAACUUCUUUUAGGGUAAUAACAAUUAUUUCAACAAUAAAUACAUAAUAAAAAUUGAUUACACUGAACAGCGAACAACUUUAAAGCGGAUUGCUUUUCGCCUGAUUUGAAGUAAUAAUUGAAGUUAAAAUUUAAGAAAAAGAAAAAUUUAAUUAAAAAUUAAUUUGUGAGACAUUGCACGAGUUCAUAUUUUUAAACGUAUUAUAUAACCUCUCGAAGUUAGGACGUUAUCAAUAUAACUUCAAGCUUGCUUGGCGCUGCUCUUUUGAGUCCAACGAUCGUUAUGAACGUUAAAAUUCUUAAACAGACAGAGAUUCAUACCGUUUCAAAGUUGCAAAAUGUAAUUAAGAUUGAAAUUCGAAAAAUUCGAUGUGUUUGAAUAUACUUAAAUCUGCAAGCUAAUUUGUGACGAAUUUUUGUGCCCUUUUAUCUUUGUUGAAAUAGGAUGUUACUUAACAAUCCUUCAAUUCGGAAUCACUGACAUUUUGCUCUGUACGUUUUCAAAUGAAUAUAACAUUUGUAAAUUCUAUGCUCGUUGUUAUGUGAUUUUUUGAAUGUUCCACAAUUUUUACUGAGGGUUUUAUUUUUUCUCAUCUUUUAAAAGUCUUCAGGCUCUCAUUCGGAUACUAUACUUUUGCAUUGAAGCCGCGAUCUGAUAGACAAUUUCCUUGCUCUACUUUUAAUCUGUGUCAUAUUAUUACCAGGCGUUUGAGACAACAUUCAAACAUUUAUUUCAAAUUGAGAAAAAGAAAUAAUAAUCACGUGUAUGUAUUGUUGAUAAUUGUGACCAAACAAUGCAAGUCACAUGAUGUCAUGAACACAUACAAUUGCGAAAAGUUUAUCUGAAACAGAGACCAAUCCAAUUACCCAAUAUGAAUGAAAAAAAAAA